AUGAUUUUAUUAGAAGUACAUAACCGGAUCAUUGAAGAAUUAUUAACACUUCAAAUAGAAGCAUUUUUACGUAAAGAAAAGCUAGUGGAACUGAAAACUGAUGUUGUCGAUUUCGAUGGUGCUCUUUAUCAUAUAACAAGUUCACGUGAUAAACCAUUUACUGUCAGCAUUAAAUUGAAAUUUUACCGGGAUUUAGAACAACAUGGUACUGAUGAGGUUCUUCGUCGAGAAUAUGGAAAUUUACUUGUUGCACCAUUAGAAGGUUAUAAUGUAACGUUAUCUUUGGAUUUUAAUACUCAAUUACCUAAAGGUGAUAAUAGUGAAGUCUGGCUACCACUUGUGCGUAAAAUUGCUAUGUUAAAGCGAAAUUGUUUUGCGGCUGUUUUCGAAAAGUACUUUGAAUAUCAAGCAAAUCAAGAGCUAACAGCUGGAAAUCAUAAACGAGCAGUUAUACAUUAUCGAGAUGAUGAGACAAUGUAUGUCGACGCAUCAGCAGACCGUGUUAUUGUGAUUUUUUCAACGGUAUUCAAAGACGCUGAUGAUAAUAUCAUUGGUCGAGUUUUCAUGGAAGAGUUCAAAGAACGGCGAAGACAAUUUCAACAAGCUCCACAAGUUAUUGUUAGUUAUCGUACACCGCCAGAAGAAUUAAAAGAUAUGCCCGACGCGCGAACAGGCGAUAACAUCGGUUACCUGACAUUCGUUCUUUUCCCACGUCAUACAAAAGUAGGCGCACGUGACAAUACAAUUAAUCUCAUCCAUACACUCCGCAAUUAUUUUCAUUAUCAUAUCAAAUGUUGUAAAGCUUAUUUACAUGCGCAUAUGCGUCAUAAAACAAAUGAAUUUUUAAAACGUUUACAGCUAGCUCGACCUGAAGUAAAGAAAAAUUUCCGACGUGGUGCCAAUGCAACUGGUGACGGAGCAACAGGUGUCGAAUGA